CUUUCUGACAUGUGCGCCUGCGCAGUAUACUGACCGCGCAGUUCCUUUUGCUGUAGACGUUUGAAAGCUGGCACGGCGAGCACGUCUGAACGGUUCACAGUGCCUCUCCAUCCCAUUCUGACUGAAAUUUACUGUAAAGAAACUGCUAACAUGGAACUGAACGAUGCUAAUCUACAAACCCUAACCGAGUUCCUUAGGAAAACACUGGACCCGGACCCCACUGUCAGACGUCCAGCUGAGAAGUUUCUUGAGUCUGUGGAGGGAAACCAGAACUACCCCUUAUUACUACUCACUCUGCUGGAGAAGUCGCAAGAUAACGUGAUUCGUGUCUGUGCUGCUGUAACUUUCAAAAACUACAUCAAAAGAAAUUGGCGCAUUGUUGAAGAUGAACCAAACAAAGUUUCUGAUCCAGAUCGCACAGCCAUCAAAGCAAACAUUGUAAAUUUGAUGCUCAGCAGCCCAGAGCAGAUUCAAAAACAGUUGAGUGAUGCCAUCAGUAUAAUAGGACGGGAAGAUUUCCCUCAAAAAUGGCCGGACCUGCUGACAGAGAUGGUGACCCGCUUCAGGAGUGGAGACUUCCACAUUAUCAAUGGUGUGCUUCGUACAGCACAUUCUCUUUUCAAGAGGUAUCGCCACGAGUUCAAGUCAAAUGAGCUUUGGUCGGAGAUUAAACUAGUGCUGGACACAUUCGCCCUUCCUCUGACAGAACUGUUCAAGGCAACUAUUGAGCUGUGUCAGACUCAUGCUACAGAUGUAAAUGCCUUAAAGGUCCUCUUCUCUUCGCUCACACUCAUCUCCAAGCUGUUCUACAGUCUUAACUUCCAGGACCUUCCAGAGUUUUUUGAAGACAAUAUGGAAACCUGGAUGACCAAUUUCCAUGGCCUACUGACUUUGGAUAAUAAGCUUUUACAGACAGAUGACGAGGAGGAGGCAGGUCUGCUCGAGCUGCUGAAGUCUCAGAUCUGUGACAACGCUGCUCUUUAUGCUCAAAAGUACGACGAAGAAUUCCAGCCAUAUUUACCGCGCUUUGUCACAGCUAUCUGGAACCUCUUAGUUUCUACCGGCCAGGAAGUUAAAUAUGACCUGCUGGUGAGCAAUGCUAUCCAGUUCUUGGCAUCUGUUUGUGAGAGGCCACACUACAAGCAUCUAUUUGAGGAUCAGAACACUCUGACUAGCAUUUGUGAGAAGGUCAUUGUUCCCAACAUGGAGUUCAGAAGUGCUGAUGAGGAAGCUUUUGAAGAUAACUCUGAAGAAUACAUCAGAAGAGAUCUUGAAGGAUCAGACAUCGACACUCGUCGCAGAGCAGCCUGUGACCUAGUAAGAGGCCUUUGUAAGUUUUUCGAGGGUCCUGUCACAGCGAUCUUCUCUGGUUAUGUGAGCUCCAUGCUGGGAGAGUACGCCAAGAACCCUGGAGAAAACUGGAAGCAUAAAGAUGCAGCCAUCUACCUGGUCACAUCACUGGCAUCCAAAGCACAGACACAGAAGCAUGGAAUAACACAAGCCAAUGAGUUGGUGAAUCUGAAUGAGUUCUUUGUGAACCACAUUCUCACUGACUUAAAAUCCCCCAAUGUAAAUGAGUUCCCUGUGCUGAAGGCAGAUGCCAUCAAGUAUGUCAUGAUCUUCAGAAGUCAGCUCCCUAAGGAGCAGCUGCUACAGGCAGUUCCUCUGCUGAUAAGUCACCUGCAGGCAGAGAGCAUAGUGGAGCACACUUACGCUGCCCACGCUUUGGAGAGGCUGUUUACAAUGAGAGGUCCCAACAAUACCACACUUAUCACUCCGGCAGAGAUGGCGCCUUUCACUGAACAGCUGCUCAACAACCUGUUCAAAGCACUGGCUCUGCCCGGCUCCGCAGAAAAUGAAUAUAUCAUGAAAGCCAUCAUGCGCAGCUUCUCCCUGCUGCAGGAUGCCAUUGUUCCCUACAUUCCCACUCUGAUUGGUCAACUCACUCAUAAGCUCCUCUUAGUCAGCAAGAAUCCCAGCAAGCCUCACUUUAACCACUACUUGUUUGAGUCGCUCUGUCUUUCUGUGCGGAUCACCUGCAAGGCCAACCCAACCACUGUGACCAGCUUUGAGGAGGCACUCUUUCCCGUUUUCACUGAAAUCCUUCAGAAUGAUGUUCAGGAGUUUCUUCCGUACGUGUUCCAGGUCAUGUCACUCCUCCUGGAGAUUCACUCCAACUCUAUUCCCUCUACCUACAUGGCUUUAUUCCCUCAUCUGCUGCAGCCAGUGCUGUGGGAGCGGACAGGAAACAUCCCUCCUCUGGUGCGGCUGCUUCAGGCUUACCUGGAGAAGGGAGGGACCACUAUUGCCAGCUCUGCUGCAGAUAAAAUACCUGGUUUGCUUGGAGUUUUUCAGAAACUUAUUGCUUCUAAGGCCAACGACCACCAAGGUUUUUACCUUCUCAACAGCAUUGUUGAGCACAUGCCCCCAGAAUCGAUCACUCAAUACAGGAAACAAAUCUUCAUUUUGCUCUUCCAGAGGCUACAAAGCUCCAAAACCACUAAGUUUGUCAAAAGUUUCUUGGUGUUCAUCAACUUAUAUUGUGUCAAAUAUGGAGCUAUUGCACUUCAGGAGAUUUUCGACAGCAUCCAGCCAAAGAUGUUUGGUAUGGUGUUGGAGAAGAUAAUAAUUCCAGAGGUUCAGAAAGUGUCUGGAGCAGUAGAAAAGAAGAUCUGUGCUGUCGGCAUAACAAAAAUCCUCACUGAAUGCCCUUCAAUGAUGGACACGGAGUACACUAAACUCUGGACCCCUCUUCUCCAGGCCCUCAUUGGUCUGUUUGAGUUGCCAGAGGAUGACAGCAUCCCAGAUGACGAGCACUUCAUCGACAUUGAGGACACACCAGGCUAUCAAACUGCAUUCUCACAACUGGCCUUUGCAGGGAAGAAGGAGCAUGACCCAAUUGGAGAUGCUGUUGGCAAUCCCAAGAUCCUUUUAGCCCAGUCACUCCACAAGCUUUCUACAGCCUGUCCAGGAAGGGUUCCAUCAAUGCUGAGCACCAGUCUGAACGCAGAAGCCCUCCAGUACCUGCAGGGUUAUUUACAAGCAGCCACGGUGCAGCUGGUUUGAAAGCGAUGCUACAGUGUUCACUUUAAAAGGAGACCACAGUACAGUGCAGGAGGAGCCACAUUGACCUCAGUGACUCUGACAGACCUGCUUCAGCUGAACUUGAGUCCUUACAGAUUUGCUUUGACCUGACAGUUUACGAUGGAUUAACAGAGAAGUUGUGAGUUUUGCCUGAAUUAAAGGUGUGCUCUCUGAUUGAAGUUUUUUAAGGGUUUUUAAAGACAUGACCAAAAGUUGACAUAACAGAAUUAAUGUCUUGUGUUGGGGCUUUUCGUUUGCUGUGUGGUGAGGCAAACAAGGAAUUGGAUAUCAUCGUAUGAUACAAUCAGUUUAUUUCAAUGACAGCAGCAGAGGAACAUCUCAGCAGUAUUGUGGGACAUCUGAAUCACAUGGGAGGGAUUUCUUUAGCGCUUCUUUUGUAUUUCCUUUUGUGAUAACAAGAGUUUGUAGUCUGUGGCUCAAACAUAAUGCUUACUAUUUUUCUGUUGCAUGUUUCCUGUAGAUUUGUUCAUGUCUGGCCUUUGUUUCUGCACUGUUUGUUAAUGUGAAUAAAAAGAGGCACUUGUAUA